CAUAUAUUGAUUACUUGACUUUGACGCCGAUACUUCUGCUGCUGACACUGUGACAACCCUUCUGCUACAGCUGUUGCUCCUGACUCCUGCUGAAUCUGCGCCUGCUGCUGCUACUGACACAUCUGCUACACUUACUCCUCCUCAUCCUGCUGCUGCUACUACUACUAACAAUAACAACGAGCAGAAUGCGGAGUGCUGUAUGCAUGGUAGCGGUACUAGCCUGCAUGGGCCUAAUAGAAGAAACCAGCGCAAGAAAUUCGUGCUUCGAAAACCAGUUCCAGUGCGAUAAUGGUUACUGCAUCCCCGACCGCUGGCAGUGUGACGGCUUCCCGGACUGCAGCCACGGGGAGGACGAGUACUAUUGUGGCACCUCGGACUACUAUACCGAAUCGUCCGCGGAGCCCACGUGCGCCGAUGACGAGUAUGAGUGCUGGCAAGGAUCGUGCAUCCCAGAGCAAUGGGUGUGUGACGACUACCAAGACUGCCCUUACGGCGACGACGAGGAAGACUGUGACUCCACAGGGAUGACUGCCGAACCAAUGUGCCCUGGUGACUAUUACCAGUGCGACUACUAUGGAGAGUGCAUCCCUCACAACUGGGUGUGUGACGGUUACUCAGACUGCCCCUUCGGUACCGACGAGGAAGAUUGUUAUAAUUCAACAACCGCCCGUUACUCCAGCACCAUGCCUCCCCCACAGCAAGAGUGUAGGGACAGCUUCGACUACAUUUACGACCGCUGCGUACUGGUUGACCCCUUCACAGCCACCAACUGGGACGAAGCGCGCUACCUAUGCGAAAAGUUCAGCAGUGACCUGGUGGUGCUGAACGACUACAACUUCUACGCCGAGCUCCUACAGUACAUCAGGGACAGAGGCCUGGACUCUCACAACUACUGGGUGGGCGCGACGGACCGGGCCGCGGAGGGGACGUGGCUCUGGGUCGACUCCUCCCCCGUCCCCUCCAGGGCGCCCCUCUGGGCCCUCUACGGCUGCACAGGGGACUACCAGCUGGAGCCGAGGCCCAGCGACGCCGCCAAUCAGGACUGUGGCCUCCUGGACAAGGACCGAGGCCUGUACAUGAGCGACGCCUCCUGCGACGAGAGCUUCGCCACCAUCUGCCAGGCUAUGAGUACCAAGAAGGAAACUAUGGUUGAGGAGCCUAUCGAAAAGGAAUUAUCAGAAUGAACUGCAGGCACUGAAAAAGUGACAAUGGAAAAAUCGUAGUAGACAAAAUUUAGGUCAAGUAUCAGGCUGGUUGAGCAGAUUAAAGUUCCACAAAAAGCA